AUGGUUUCUAACCAGAUUACCUAUACUUCGUUGUAUCAGUAUAUCUCUUGUUCACUCUUCAGAGUGUGGCAGAAAGCGAAGAGAGUGAAACGCCGUCGUCCUGCACUUGUUGCUCUCUUACCUUCUCCGAUAUCAGAGCGUGGUUUCAGAUACGAGGGUGAUUGGAAUUGUAGAACAGAGAUUGGGGUAGAAAUGGGUUCACACGUAGGAAACGAUGAAGAUAAGAUUAGUCAAUUACCAGAUGCACUUCUAUCUCACAUGCUGUCCUUCUUGUUAACCAAAGAUGCUGUGAGGACCAGCAUUCUCUCUAAAAGGUGGAAGAACAUAUGGGCUUCUGUUCCCUCUCUAGACUUUGAACAUUACAGUUGUGCUGGGUUUGUGUCAUUUGUUGAUCGUGUGCUUUACUAUCGAGAUUCACUUGACAUUCAAAGAUUUCGUCUCCACUUUAAGUGUUUUCCUAUUGAUGUCUCUUCUAUUGAUCGUUGGAUUCGCACUGCUACUUCCCAUAACGUUGUUGAACUUGAUCUAUGUCUUAAUUUUUUGGGAGGAGUGGAGUUUGAGGUCCCUGAAAGUGUUUUUGAGUGCAAAACACUGGUGGUUUUGAAGCUGAAGUCGGAUUCUUCUUUUACGUAUGCUCCUCCUAAGUUAGGGUGUUUUCCUAAUCUCAAGUGUCUACAUAUAACAAUUGAUUAUCCUGAUAAGGACCUUUUGGAGAAACUUUUCUCAUACUUCCCCGUACUUGAAGACUUGAGUGUAGAGGGAGAAUGGAAUGAUCAUGUAAAUUGUAAUGUCAAGCUUUUUGUGCCUAAACUAAAGAGGUUAAGUAUAAACAUUCACAGUACUGGCUAUUUUGACGAACCUUAUGAGUACUACUUCUCUAUCGAUGCCCCAAAACUUGAAUUCCUUGACCUCAGAGUGGAUAUUUUGCCGAGUAUGUCUUUUGACAAUUCAAAGUCCCUGGUAAAAGCCAUUGUGGGUUUCUAUUACCAUCCGGCAAUUAUGCAAGAGCACUUUUGUGAUCGUGCAACUAAGAUUCUGGCACCAGUUUCCAAUGUUGAACAUCUUUCUCUUUCAGCUCAUUUUUUGGAUGCUUCUUGUAUACCUGCUUUUGGUAAUCUGAUCCAUUUGAAGCUGGUUCUUCAUGACUGCUAUCGUUGGGAAGUGCUGGCAGAGCUACUCAAGAAAUCACCAAAUCUAGAAUGUCUUGUCUUGGAACAUGAACAGGACAAUAACUGUUACCCUGAAAACUCGGAGGAUGAAGAAAAUGCAGUGGACCAAGAAAACACCGAGGAUCCAUGGUGGAAUUGUGAAGAGUCUGCACCUCGUUGUUUGUUGUCACAUCUCAAGACUGUCUUAAUUAGGGGUUUCAUGGGUUGCCGGGAUGAGAAACAAGCUGCAAAGUACUUAUUGAAGAAUGGUGCAGUUUUGGAGGAGAUGACUAUUUAUGUGGAUAAUGUUUUGUACUCAAGAGAGAAGCUUUGCAUGGAAUUUGCACACUUUCAACGUGGUUCCAUGACUUGUCGGCUUCAAUUGGUCUAACCCGUAUUUGCCUGAGAUGCGGUUUCCCUUGAUCUUGAUUUCGAUCCUCUCUGUUUGUGAAUGUAAUGGGAUUCAGAACUUUGCCCUUGAUCAAUACUUUACAAC